AUGAACAAUACAUUUACCAACAAUGUAAAUUAGUCCACUUAAUAAUAAUACCUCGAUUUAUAGUCUUUUGAAACAUAAGGAUAAUAAAUUUAGAAAAAUAUUUACUUUGAAUGUAAUUUUCUAAUAUAUUUCUUUAGAGUAGGAUAAACUUGAUGGUGUAUCAGUCAGGAUUAACUUUCUCAAGAAAGUAUUGGCAGUUCUACUGAUUGAAUUCUUCAUCACUUUUGUAAUAUUUUUAAUAGGAGAAUUCACAUAUUUACUUGAUGUUUUUCUUGAAUACAUUAUCAUCUGCACAUAUUACGACAAAUAUGGUGAUGAGACAUACGAACAUUGUUACUAUUAUUUCGCGCCAACUUGGGUGUUCUAUUUGUUUCUAAGUGCUUCGAUGACUUUGUAAUUUACUCUAUACUUUGGACGAUAAAGUGGAAGAUAAGUAAGAAUUAUAUUGUUAAGCAUAGGUUAUGCACCCAUAUUUAUUUUUUUUCUUUUAUUAAAUUUUCUUUGGAUUUACAUUUACAGUGAUAUGGACGAUUAUGAAUCUUAAUAUCAACAUUAUGGCCAUGUUUGUGACUUGGGGAACUGUUGCUCUUAUAAUAUUUGGAUUGAUGUGUUAUGUUAUUUUCGAAGAGAAAGAUUUGUCUUUCUAAGGUAUUAGUCAUUCUAUAUUUUAUAGUUGGUGCAAUUAUGGUGUUUGUCAUCUCCCUGUUUGUCUUUAUCAUUUUUGUCAUAAUCGAUUCUUCUGAUGCAUUACAAUUCUUGUUAUAUGCAUUUAUCAGUAUCAUCUACGGAUUAUAUUUAGUUUUGGAGUUAAGAUUAAUGUUAAACUAAAAUGUAAAAAAUAAUUAUUUAUAUUUAAGAGUUUAAAGUUGUAAAUUGAUGAAUAUUUAGUUUUAUCAAUGUUGCUUUAUGCCCUUAUGUUGUAACCCGUAGUGAGAAUAUGUGAAUUCAUCUAUAAUACCUGCAUAACGUGUAGUUCAUGA